UACAGCAGCACCACCACCACCACCACCACCACAACAACAACAACAACAACAACAACAACAACAACAAUAACCACCACUACCACGAAACCAGAGCCGGAAUUUAGAUGCCAGAAGGGAUGGUUGCUGAACGAAGAUCGCUGUUAUUUGAUCAACCGAUGGAACGUCUAUUCCCAAGGGGUGGCUCAACAACGAUGCGAGGUCCGUGACGCGAACCUUUUGGAGAUCGAUACCGAAGAGGAAAAUGCCUUCGUUGUCGAGGAGCUCCUGAAAUUGGCUGAAGAUGAUGAUGACGAGAAGGAUUACUGGAUUGGAGGAAGUCGUGUGGAUGGAGAGUGGGGAUGGAACAGCGGGGCUCCCAUGACCUUUGUCAACUGGACCCCUAAUAAAGGGUUCUUCUUCGGGGAUUGUCUGCAAUUGGUUCGUGUGGAUAAGUAUUUCUUCCCAGGGCAAGCUCCUUUGGAGUCUUUCUACUUCACGCCCAACACUGGUCUUGGGUGCCAAUACGACUUUGAUAAUGGAUUCAUUUGCGAGAAAGAGGCUUUCAUCGAAUAAUCCUGUCCCGCUUGAAAUCCAAACCGAGUCCAAGUAAAAGAAACAGACAAACAAACAUAUAAACAUACAUUUUCUUACUAGAUCUUAUUUAAUAAAUCCACGUGUUACACGUCUAAGACACGCCAAAA